UUGAAGGGAAUAAUCUUGAAUUCCAAUAAUGCUGCGUUCGUGUUUCUUGAUGUGUUAACAUUACUGCAGUUCGCUAGGGAAACGUGAAUUACUACUUUACAACAGUAAUUACAUAACAGAAACGUGAACUUUUUUUGCCUGUUUUAUUUUAUUUUUUUUCCCCUACUGAACUAAGUUUGGAUAGACUGCAAACCACCUGAUGUCCUUAUAUUUUUCCUUGGUGGCAACUGUUACCAUGAAAAUCUGGACUGGAUUUCGUGUUCAUUUGAUAGCCAAGACCUAUGGCUGAUAUAUACAGCAUGUUACAUCUUAAACGGAUGAAUAUCGACUGAAAUACAAGGUGGUAUCUCCACAUCUUUUCACACAUACCGUGACAGAGAGGGGCGAAGAGAGAGGAAACUUCAGAACAUCUGAGAAAACCAUCAAGGCAUCUGUCACCCACGGGGGCCGUCCUUGGAGCCCGGAAACGUGAGCGAGUCGUCCAAAUGCCUAACAUGUCAGCGCCAGCAAUGGGGGAGCUAUGAGUGGGGAUGCAAUAUAUCUGGCCAGCCCCAGCACAGAGGGAUGUCGUACCCACCCUUCUCCACUGUGAACUCAGCAGCAUCUCUUUAAUUCUGUAGAGUACAGCCUGGUCAUCUGUGUGUAGACAACCCGCACCGCCGUGUCUAACAGCUUAAAUUAUCAGUAAACAUUUGAAGCUUACAGAACAAAAAAGAUUUAAUGCAGAGUCACUUGGGCUCGGACAUUUUUUGUGUGGGUUUUUUGAGGAGUAAGCAGUGAACGGCCGAGGAUUGUGAGCGUGUGUUGGGAUGGCAGCCACGUACCACGUGGUGGUCAGCAGCCUGAACUACUAUAGCAGCGUUGUGAUUGACAGGCGUGCCCAGCAUGCCGUUCACUACUGCACUGGACCCUGUCAGCUCCUCACGCAUGGCCUGGACUGCACUGCGGCCCACCGCAGUGCCUGCGCAGAGCUGCUAGAUGCCACCGUCGGCCCAACGCCAGCUGCUGCCACCCAGUCCUCCACCGCCCUCAGGCACUUUGGCAAAUAUUCAGUCUUGGGGAACGGCUUCCCUAUGGGCGGGGCUGAGGUCAUGAUGGAGGAUUGCUACCAGGCCCUCCAGGGUGUCUCCAGGGCCAGGAGGGGACUGGCCGGCCAGGUAUUCUCCGGCAGCCUGAAGGACAUCACGGGGGAGGCCAUCAACCUUGCCAGUGGGAAGGUGAAGGAGUUCUCCCACGAGAGGGACAGGGUCUUCUCCAGCCACACCAUCCUACGCAAGUGCCGCAAGGCCCGCCCUGACUCCCUCCUCAGGAGGUCUGCCGACCUGGACGUCCUCCUCAGUCGCUUCACUGCUGGGAACGAGGAGAACUGCCUGCCUUUUGGGUUUCCGCCCCCAGAGGACCCACUUGGGCCUGAGCCAAGUGUUAGUGUGGCGACCGGACCGUCUUGCCUGAACUCUGCGGCGGAGGAAGAUCUGCUGGCCCGGAUUCUGGAGAAGGCAAAGGUGGAGGGCGGGGCCCCAGGGCAGGACAUGCGGGCAUGCCUGGAGAUCCUCCUGCGUUGUUCCGAGGACCUCAGGAGGUGUACUGACAUCAUCAGGCAGUGCUGCAUCUCCAAGAAGUCCGCCGGUGACGACGGCAACUACAGCGGGUCUGAGAUGGCCUACCGGAGCGCGCUAGCCAGUCUGUCCGGCUUCCUGAAAAAGCUCCCACUUGGGCUUGGGGCAGAGCUGGCCCAGCCCUGGCGGCAGGAGCAGGGCAACCUGGCUGAGCUGCUCCGGGCCCUGCAGUGGCUGCAGCAGAGCUCCCCCUCCUCUGUUUUCAGGGACGACCUGCCACCUCGGUACGAGGAUGUGGUCCAAUCCCCUCCUGAGCUCAGCGCCCUGCUGCCUCCACCUCCCACUCCUUCCCAGCCCGAGGUCCUGGGGAAGGCAGAGCCAGCCCCGAACCUCCUAACCCCCUGCUCACCUGCCGCCUCUCCUCGGUGUCUUUCGCCACAGCGGGGAAAGGUAACGGCGAACAUCCAACUCAACCAUCCCGAUGGCCUCUCUUUUGUGAGUUCAAUGGAACGAGCUAUCAAGAAGAAAUUGGUUGUUGACGUGACACCCAAGGAGCCUUUGAGCAUCGUGGAGGAUGACGACUGCAGCGAGGCGGGGGUCGAGGGGGGUGGGACGUUCCACGAGGCACCCGAGGGGGUCAGCAAGGAGAAUGCGCUGAAGCUGGGGCCCGGGGAAGCAAUGUGCAUUCCCACUGAGAGUGCGCGUCUGCAGCCGAGGCCAAGAGAGGGCUGCGUGGGGCGUACAGGGGAUGACUGUGAUGAGAUCGACAAGCUGCUGACGGAUCUGGAGCAUCUUUCCCGGAGCAUCGUGAAGGAACCUCCCGACAACAUCAGAGGCCUAGAGCAGAGGAAUGGCAGCCAGCAUUCGAUCGCUCAACACCAGCGUCCCUCCUGUGGACCUCCUGUGCCCUCGACCUGGGUCAGCUGGGAACCCAUCGAUGGGUCUGGCGAAGACGGGGACAACGCCCUGCUCCAGAGGAUCCUGGACAGCAUCGAGAGCCUCGCCCAGGAGCUGGUGAAGAAUGGGAAGUGCAGGACAGGGACGCUGUCCAAGGAGACAGAGGUCAUGAGGAUCCUGCAGGACACGCUGACCACCACAGAGCAGCCAGAAGUACAGGAGGACCCUACAUCUGACCACAUCCCUGGCACCGCCAUCCCGGACCCUGUGCCCACAACAAACCCCACGUCUGAUCUGUUGGUCCAGCCCACUCCAGAAGACAUAGGGAUCCAAAAUAAGCCACAGGGGGAGCCAGAGGUUCCUCCCCCCACCUCAGCUUCAGGCUUCAUGCCUGACUCUCAUUACCCCAGGUCCAUCUCUCCCACCUCUGUGCCUGACACCGCCUCUCCUCCGCCUCUCCCGCCUCCCCCUCCCAGCCCUCCCCUCGUGGAACAGUGGGCGGUGCCUCCCUCCACCAACAUUCCACGCUUCUAUUUCCCUGAAGGGCUGUCACUGAACUGCAGCGGCGACAUCAACCAGACCAUCGCCAACAUCGAAAUGGCAUUUGCAGGGUUUGAGGAACAGAAAGCUGACAUUCAUGACAUGGGGAAGAUCGCCAAGGUGUGUGGCUGCCCUCUCUACUGGAAGGCUGCGCUGUUCCAUGGUGCUGGAGGGGAUCGGACCGGGUCUGUCUCCACCAGGUCGUUUGUGGCAACAUGGAGAAAGUUGUUGCACAGUUGCUAUGACGACUCCAGCAAGUUUGUUUACCUGCUAGCCAAACCAGGCUGCAAAUUCCUGGAGCAAGAGGACUUUAUCCCAGUGUUGCAGGACAUUGUGGACACACACCCAGGGCUGACAUUUCUGAAGGAUGCUCCGGAGUUCCACUCACGGUACAUUACCACGGUGAUUCAGAGGAUAUUCUACACUGUCAACCGCUCAUGGACGGGGAGGAUCACCAUGACAGAGCUAAGGAGGAGCAACUUCCUGCAAACUCUGGCUCUCCUGGAGGAAGAGGAUGACAUCAAUCUGUUAACAGACUACUUCUCCUAUGAGCACUUCUAUGUCAUUUACUGUAAGUUUUGGGAACUGGACGCUGACCACGACCUCUUCAUCGACCAGAAGGACCUGGCCAGAUAUAAUGGCCACGCCUCAUCAGAAAGGAUUAUUGAGAGGCUUUUUUCUGGAGCUGUUAUGAAGGGAGGCUCCAUGCAGAGCCAUGGCAGAAUGAGCUAUGCUGAAUUUGUUUGGUACCUGAUCUCUGAAGAAGACAAGAAGAGCCCCAGCAGUAUAGAGUACUGGUUCCGGUGCAUGGACCUGGAUGGAGAUGGGAUUCUGUCCAUGUAUGAGCUGGAGUUCUUCUACACGGAGCAGUGUGAACGCAUGGAGAACAUGGGUGUGGAGCCGCUGCCUUUCAACGACCUGCUGUGCCAGAUGCUGGACCUGGUUAAGCCAGAGUGCCAGGGUAAAAUAACCCUGAGCGACCUAAAGAGGUGCCGAAUGGCCCACGUGUUUUACGACACAUUCAUCAACCUGGAGAAGUACCUGGACCACGAGCAGAGGGACCCUUUCACUGUGCAAAAGGACUUUGACAGUGACAUCCCAGAGCCCUCAGACUGGGAGAAGUUCGCAGCUGAAGAGUAUGACGUUUUGGUUGCAGAGGAUACAGCCAGUGAUCUUCCAGCAGAUGGGUCUUUUGAGGAUGACUGUGAAACUGAAGAAUGCACAGACACCCCAGUCAAGAUGACCACUCUCCAGGAGGGGAAACGGAAGAAGGAAGAGGAGAUGGGCACAGGAGGAGGAGCACACAGGGAAAGAGAAAGGAGAAAAGAAGGGUAUCAGAGGAGAGCUGUUAAAUAAUGUAAAUGUAAUGUGGUACAAAGUGAGGAACAGAAGAGGAAAGGGGAUCAUGAGGACUGAAGGAGGAUCAGACAGGGGAACAGAAGAGGGAAAGGCCCUGCUUUGAAUAUUAUUAGAGAUCGCUUCAGAGCAACCAAGCUGAUUCCAAGCCAAAAGUCCUUAUGUUAUGUGCAAAAAUCAUCAAAAAAAAAUCAUUUCUGUUUAGAGUUUGAGGUCUUUCUGGACCUUUUUUUUGUCUGAGAACAGGAUGAUCAAAAUCAUGUGUGGAGUCUGUGGAAUGUGCUCUGUUACUCCACCAUGUGGUCCUCUAUGCUAAUGCAUUCAAGAUUCAGCUCACACUGUAUGACAGAAGCCCUGUUUGCCCAACGGCCUGGUGUAGUCUACACAGGCUUGGGAAGCGCGGACAGAGCUGUGGAGCCCGUUUAGCUGGACUAACCCCAAAUUCACUGGUUGCCUCCCAGAUUCAGUACUAUGUGCAUUUGAGCAUGGGGCUUAAGAGAUAUAGGUUCCUAUAUACAGUGAGCUCAAGGACAAACACACAUUUUUUUCUGGAUUUGUCUCUAUACUCCACGAUUUUAAAUUUGUAAUCAAGCAAUUGACAUGUGGUUAAAGUGCUCUUUCUCAGCUUUUAUUUCAGGGCAUUUUUAUACACUUUGGUUUUACCAUGUAGAAAUGACAUCGCUUUUUAUACAUACCCUCCAGUUUCAGGGCACCAUAAUGUACAGCCAUCUUCAGCUUCUACUUAUUUUGUGGGCUAGUUGCCUUAGGUUUUCUCUUCAGUGUAUGAAACUCAUUUUCAACUGGUUUCGGAUCGGCUGAAUGGCUUAGCCAGUCAAGAAUUUUUCCAUUUUUGACUUUGAAAAUCUCCUUUGUUGCAUUAGCAGUAUGUUUGAGAACAUAGUCUUGCUUUAGGAUGAAGCACCGUCCAAUAAGUUUGGAGGCAUACACUUCAGAAUUAAUUCUGUGGUUGCUAUUAGCAGUUAUAUCGUCAAUGAAGAUGAGUCAGCCGGUACCUGUCGCAGCCAUACAUGCCCAAACCAUAACGACCCCACCACCAUGUUUCACAGAUAACGGGGCUUUGGAUCUUGGGCAGUAACUUUUGGCCUUCAUACUUUUUACUUGCCAUCACUCUGAUUCAAGUGAAUCUUGGUCUUAUCUGACCACAAGAUCUUUUUCCAGAACUCUGCAGGCUCUUUUAGGUACUUCUUAGCAAACUGUAACCUGGCCAUCCUGUUUUUGCCACUAACUAGUGGUUUGCAUCUUGCAGUGUAGCCUCUGUAGUUCUGUUUUUGAAAUAUUCUGUAGACAAUAGUCACUGACACAUUCACGCCUGCCUCCUGAAGUUUGUAUCUGAACGGUAGGACAGGCGUUUGGUGGUUUUCUACAUGAUGGUGAGAAAUCUUUGGUCAUCAACUGUAGAGGUCUUUUUGGCCUACCAGGCCCUUUGUGAUUACUGAGCUCACCGGUGCUGUCUUUCUUUUUAAUGAUGUUCCAAACAGUUGAUUUUGGUAGGCCUUUGGUAGGUAAGCUUUGGCCAGUUUUUCUGACUUUAUUCUUGUCUCUCAGCUUCAUUAUGGCUUUCUUCACUUUCAUUGGCAGAACGCAGGUCCUUAUAUUGACAAAUCUUAAUAACAAACUCCAAAGGCAAUGAAAAGCCUAGAAUAAAUCUAGACACUGAGCGUUCUUUAUACCUUCACUAAGGAAGCAGUUGAACACAUCUGACUAAUCCGAAACACCUUUGAAACCAUUUGUCCCAAACAUCAUGGUGCCCUGAAAUGGGGGGACCAUGUAUAAAAAGUGCUGUAAUUUCUACAUAUAUAGAAAUACUCCUUGAUAAAAUUGAAGAUUUUGCACUUUAAACACCAGUUGUUUGAUUUCAAAUCUAAAUUCAUGGAAUACUGUGGAAGGAAAAAAAUCUUUGUCCCCUACAUUAUGGAGCGCAUUGUAACUGCAUUAAAAGAUAAAGGACAUGGGCCACUGAAAGCAGAAUAAACUGAAAAUUGUUAUUUCAUUUAUAGAAACUGACAAGUCAGAGUGUAUCACUCUUCUGCUUUCUUUUUCCCUCACUCUAUUUUAGUCUACCUCUUAACCCCUCUCUCCUUCUACUGUAAAUCACUUUCUCGCUCUUUCCUUUUUCUUUCAUUCGCUCACUUUUGUCUUUCAGAGCCCUUCUUCUGCCCCAUCUUUUGUUGAAUUCAAACUGUAUAUAUUGUAUUAUGUAUUGUAUAUUGUUUCGCUUCAAGCCUGUUGUAUAAUUGCAAUGUGUUUUAAUUCCAUUUACAACUUGCAGCGCUUUUAGUGUUUGUUUAUGAGUUAUGAAAGUAUGUCUUCUAUCAGUGUUUGUGCUGAUAUAAUUCAAUGUGCCACUAAGUGGCAUAUCAAAAACGUUACUAACAACUAAAUUCUAUGUGACAUGCCUCAAGUUACACGGGUGGAAAUUUAUAUCAUGGGGAACCCUGCAGGGGUUCUCUGUAUGAAGACAAUCAACUGGAUUUUAACUGUGUACAAAAGCACUUCUAAUUAGUUUUUGGUACCUUUUUAUAGCAAUACAGCUGGUGUGACCUGUCAGAUGUAAUGCUAAAAUUAUAAACUUGAAGUAGUCAAAAUGUGUUUAAGCCAGGGACCCUGGAAAGCCUUAGUGUAUUCUGGUUUCUGUUUUAAUCUCAUAAUUAGAAAUCAAUUAAGACAGGGUGGGGUGAGUUAACCGUGUGAUCAGCUACUUAAAUAGAUCAUUAAUGGCUGAGUAAGAGUGAAAACUCAUGGCUCUCCAGGACCGGGGUUGUCCUCUGUGCUUUAAACUCUAUGCAGAUUAACGUGUUUGUGCAGAAAUGGCGGCUCUGAAAGCUGCAGCGGCCGAAGCUGUUGGUUCGUCCAGGUAAUUUUGGGUCAUAUCUCUGGUGCGAGCCAUGCCUGCAGACUCUGUGGAAAGGGCUGGGUGGUUACUCAUCUUUCUCUGUUACAAUGAGGCAAUGCUUGUUUUGGCACGGCAAUAUAUAUUUUUUCCCAAUUUCCUUGGAAUUGAGAAACAAAAAAAUAAAUAAAGGCAUUUUAAAGCUGUAAA